AUGGCCUCCAACUCUGUCCAAGAUUCACCCAGCAAUCCCGUGGCUCCGGCUCAAUCCCAAGUUAAAACCCUCCUCCAAAACCCAUACCUCCGUGCCGCCCUCCCCUUCAUCAAUGGCGGCCUCUCCGGCAUGACCGCGACGGCAGUAAUCCAACCAGUCGACAUGGUAAAAGUCCGCCUCCAACUCGCCGGUGAAGGCGCAAAGACAGGCCCCCGCCCCUCCGCCUUCGGAAUCACCCGCGACAUCAUCGCCGCCGGAAAGUUUCAAGAUCUCUAUACCGGCCUCUCAGCCGGACUCCUCCGCCAAGCAGUCUACACCACCGCCCGUCUAGGCCUCUUCGACACAUUCAUCAAAACCCUCAACGCAAACGCCGAAUCGGCAAACCGAAAAGUCACCUUCGCCGAACGCGCGGCCGCAGGCCUUACGGCCGGUGGCAUCGCAGCCAUGAUUGGAAACCCAGCCGAUCUAGCACUUGUCCGGAUGCAAUCCGACGGCCUGAAACCCGCCGCCGCCCGCGCAAACUACCGUUCCGUCUUUGAUGCGCUGGCUCGCAUUCCCAAGGCGGAGGGUAUCGGUGCGCUGUGGGCAGGCGCUCUGCCAACGGUGAUCCGGGCCAUGGCGCUGAACAUGGGACAGUUGACCUUCUUCGCUGAGUCCAAGGCACAACUCAAGCAACACACGAGCCUUUCAGCUCAGAACCAGACUUUCGCUGCAUCUGCGAUCGCGGGUUUCUUUGCUAGUUUCCUUUCGUUGCCGUUCGAUUUUAUCAAGACGCGGUUGCAGAAGCAGACUAAGGAUCCAAAGACGGGUCAGGUGCCUUAUCGGGGUGUCUUGGAUUGUGCGCGUAAGGUUGUGGCUGAGGAGGGUUGGAUGCGGUUCUAUCGUGGCUUUGGUACUUACUACGUGCGGAUCGCUCCUCAUGCUAUGGUGACCCUCAUCGUGGCCGAUUACCUCAACCUUAUUACGAAAUAG